GAAAGCAGACAUGGAGGAGCUAAGCGCCGUGGGAGAGCAGGUUUUUGAUGCGGAAUGCAUUUUAAACAAACGACUGAAAAAGGGAAAGUUGGAGUUCCUUGUGAAGUGGAGGGGAUGGUCAUCCAAACAUAACAGCUGGGAACCCCAAGAAAACAUCCUCGACCCCAGACUGUUGGCCGCUUUCAACAAGAAAGAACAAGAAAAGGAGCUGCUGUUGCGUAAACGAGGGAAGAGACCAAGAGGACGACCACGAAAAAUCGUUGAAAAUGUGCCUGAAGCUCCAAAGUCAAGCAGCUCCUCAUCUGGCUCAUCGUCGUCCUCCGAUUCCUCCUCAUCGUGCUCCUCCUCUUCAUCCUCGUCAGACGACGAUGACGACGACAGCCACGUUAAACAAGCAAGCCCGGCUGUCAGAACACGAGACCUUCACCCUGUCCCGCAGAAGAAAGCACAGAUUGUCAUGGCGAAACAGGAGCCGGCCAAAAAACGACGCAGAAAACCUCUGCCCCCUGAAGCGAAGGAAUUUCAACCGGCCAAGGGCCCUCGCAAAAUCCUCAAGACAUCCAAAGAUACCGAUCUUCCCGGAGCAAUCAAGAAGCCUGUUCACCCGGCCAGCUUCACCUUUAUGGGUUUCCAUCGGGGCUCAGCCAGGGAUACAGUGGGUGGUCAGAACAGGAGCUCUAUGGCCCAGGAAGGGGCUAUUAAAAACUCCACGAGCUCUGUGGGAUCUGGCAGGUCAGCCCAGCCUUCCCCCCUCUCUCUGAACAAAUCCAGCCAAAGCAGGAAUGUCACGGAGGGUAAACUGUCCAUCUCCAGUAUGAGCAGCGAGACAAGUCUGGAUUUGAAAGCAGCUGCUAGUAAAUCUAAAGGGGUUGCAGCGUUGAAUUUGAAUACAUCCAAACACCCCAUUCAAGGAACCACUCAGCAUACACUGAGCUCCCCCAACGGACAAAAGAAACCUCAGACCCCUGUGUCAACACUGCAGAGGAUACCCAAUACUAAAGCAGUGGCUUCCUUACCAUCGAAGAACGCCUCCGCCAAUCAAGGUGCUGGCCUUCAGCCGCUCAACCUUCAGAGCAAACGGGUGCAGGGUAAAGACGCUCCUGGAAACGGCACUCCCCCGGCAUCAGGUCUGAGAAACGCAACAAACCCAACACGGAAGACUACUGUUACCCAAAAUCAGGAGUACAAACCCCCCCAGAGUCCAGCUACCCCUGUAGGACUGCAGACCAGGAAGAACCAGUCUGGAGCAGAUAAGGUUAAAGAUAAGACAACUGAAAUCCAGACCUCUAGAGCUCAAAGCAGGCUGGAGAAGAGCGGUGUGCAUAAAUCCUCCACAGAUGUCCCGAGCCAGCAAGAGAGGUCGGCGUCCAAAGAUGGCAAGAAAGGCAAAAUGAACGAAAUGAGCACAGGCGAAGAGGAGAGCAGCUCAGAAUCCGACCAGGACUCCUCCUACGCUGUUCAGGAUCGCUCGGUGAUGGUCCAGAACCAGGACUGGAAGCCCACACGCAGCCUGAUAGAACAUGUCUUCGUCACGGACGUCACCGCUAAUCUAGUCACUGUCACAGUCAAAGAGUCGCCCACCAGCGUUGGCUUCUUCAGCAUCCGAAACUACUGACGGGACACUAGACGAAGCAAACUGUCUGGCAUCGAAGCAUAAAGAUAAAACUUUGGGGCGGAGCAAUGCAUCAGGACACGGAGGUUAAUUUGCUCUUCAUCUUCUUUCAGUAAAAGUCCAUAAAUGGAAAAAAAAGGGGGCGAACUGUUGGUUAUUGAUGAUGGUAAUUUAUUUACUUAUGUCUACAAAAUGUUAAAGAAACAUCAGCGGAGGAAGGAAGGGCAGUGACUUUUAAACCGUAAAGCUGAUGCAAGGGUUUGCAAAACAGACUUUCCUAAUAAUUUCGUGGUUGCAGUGGGUCCAAAAUGACAGCUAUAGAGAGUUCUUGAGAUAAAUAACUCACGGUCAAGAACUUUGUUGAAGGGAAUAAGCGGCGUUACUGCAAAAUCCAUGACCUUUUCAAAUGUUCUGAGUCAGUAACUAGCAGAACUUCACAGUGCUUUUCUUUCACUCUGAUUAAAAAGAAAGAUCUGCAGGCCCAACUGCCGAUGACCACUGGAUAUAGGUCAGGUUAAUCUAUGCGAAAAAUAUGAAUGAAUCUCCUGCUUCUCUGUUAAUGAGAUGAUCUGCUUUUCUUAUAAACGUACACAGCGGGAGUCAAAGACAAAAAUGAAGAAAUAAUGAAAAGGGUAGGCAUAAGCAAGGAGGGUUAGCUUCUUUUAAUGGGCUAGUUCAUAAUGUGUUAAUGUUGUGAAUCCAUAUCAGUCAAUAGAUAAUGUAAAGCAAACACCUUUUUUUAAUUCUUCGUAGUAUUGAGUCAAUAGUUAUGUUUAUUUUUGUAAUGUUUCAUAAAUUAGCUACCUCUGUUUUACUCAACAUUUUGCUGCAUUAUGUAUAUUCAUUUCUUCUGGGAUAGGAAGUCCUUUCCCUCCAGGGUAUACUAUCAUUUUUGUCUAUAUAUAAUUGUUUUUAUAUAGCUCUAAAUGUAUCAGACUCUCAUGUCGCAUACGUUUGUGUUAGUACCAGCGAUCGGCUCUCGAGCGGCAGACAACAGCUUUAUAUCUGUGUAAUGAAAGCUAGCGGUGUUGAACGGUGUGCACCAUAAGAAGUUUCAUAACACAGUGCAGCCGGUUUAUCAGUGCCGUUUGUUUUUUUUCUUCUUCCAAAUGGGCUGAAGCAUGUGGGGAGUCAGAUACAGUAUCUCUGUUCCUCCCUGGUGCUCAGAUAAGACUUUGGGUCCUUACUGAGGUUUGCUCUUCUUCCUUCGCUUCAGUUCUGUCCUUCGUAUCCACCCGCUUCACUGAAGUAUUCACCAGCAAACUUCAAUCUUCUCAGACUUGUGUAGUUCAAAAGACAGAAAUCAGAGAGUAAUGCGGUCGCAUUGAAACGGCAGGAUGAUCGACGACAGCUCACCUGACGGGGCUCCACCCUCUGAAACCACUGAAUGCUUUGAAAGCGCUUGAGGGAGCGGUUGGGCGUGGACGAAGCUUGACAAUAAAAAAAACGGCUCAGCAUUGUUUGUCGUCGACCACAAAACUCCAGAUUUCAUUGUGUCUGUAGCAAACUGGUGUUCAAAAUGUCUAGUACAGAAAUGAAAUGCCAGUUUUUGUUUUGUUUUGUGUUGUUGUUUUUUUCCACUUGCAGCUGCAGACGUCUCAUUUCACUCGGAGCUGCAGGCCUGGCCUCCCAGACAAGAAAAAAAAAAAAAAGUCUUUAUCUGAUGUAACGGAAAAGAAACCACAACAAUGUGUGCUACUUUCUGCUCCCUUGAGAGGAGUUCAGCAACAAAGCACUUCGACUGAACUCUUCUGUCUAAUCCUGCUCUGCAGACUGUGCCUUUCUUUCUCACAAAGACUAAACACAAAGGCAUUACCCCAAAGAUAGCUAGAAUUUCAGGUUGUUCAAUAAGAAGUACCCCUAGAGUAUAGAAUGGAGACUGUGCCAUUUUAUUUUGUCUAUAUUGUUUUGGUAAAAAAAAAAAAAGAAAGAAAAAAAAAACCUGCUAUAAGACGUAUCACAGAUGUAUGAAAUUCACAAAUAUACGAUGCCUUAUUGAAACAAUACGAAGGGUUAAGGUUCAAGUAAUAGAAGUAGUUUCCAUUCAGGAUCAGCUGAAAAACAAAAGGAGUGUAUUCUCAUAUUACACACGUGUUACAGGUGCACAGCAUUUGGUGUCCUCUUGUCAGUAUGUCUCAGGAUACACUAAGUUUCUAUACAUUUCUAGUCUCAUUCAAAAUGUCACUUCUCUCUGCCAUGUAAUAGGCUAUGGGGUAAUGCAAAGUGUUCAUAUAAAAUAUGUUUUGUAAUUCUUGUAAUUUGGAAUAAAUGUGUUUACUUUUUUUUUUUUUUUAGAUCUACUAACCAUCUCAGUGGAAAUGUUGUUCUCUUUUCAACCUAUUUAUUUUAAAAAUCAAGAGCCUGUCAGGGUAGGACAGUGUCAUCAAUAUUUGUAUCAUGCCA